AUGCCCAACGCCUCUUCCUGGACUGCUACCUCGCCUCUGCUGCUGCUCUGGGAGGACUCCUCCGGGACCCGCAUCUUCCUGUCACUGCUCUAUGCAGUCUUGGCUAUCUCAGGGACUUUAUCCAAUGUGAUGGUCAUCUAUUUAGUCUUCUCCUUCAAGAAGCUGCAGACAACUAGUAAUGCCUUCAUUGUGAACGGCUGCACGGCAGACCUGAGUGUGUGUGCCCUGUGGAUGCCCCAGGAGGCUGUGCUGGGGCUGCUGCCUCCCAACUCCUCCUCCCUUCGCUCAGUGGAGUACCAGCUGCUCCGAGGGGGGCUCCUCGGCCUCGGCCUCACCGUCUCCCUGGCCUCUCACCUGCUGGUGGCCUUCAACAGGUACGUGCUCAUCACCAAGCUGCCCAGCGUGUACCAGGCCCUUUACCAGCGGAGGCACACGGGCUGCAUGAUCGGGCUCUCCUGGGCCCUUGCCUUGCUCCUGGCCCCGCUGCUGCCCGGGCUCUGGACCCUGGGCUCUGCCCAGCAGCCGCCCCUGUGGCACACGGACAGCAGCUCUCGCUACACCGCCCUGCUCCUCGCCCUUGCCGUGCUGGGCCAGACCGCGCUGCUGCUCCACUGCUACCUCGGCAUCGUGCGGCGGGUGCGGGGCAGCGCCAAGCGGGUCAGCCAUCUGAGACAGUUGUUUGAAGUGAGCUCCCCGAACACAUCAUUCGUUCAUGAAGAGCUGGCAAGUGUCUCAUUACGCACACACACAAAUCCACCAGGAGCUGCAUCCUACCCCUGCCCCCCUUCCCGGUUACCUGAUGUCUGUGCUCCAUGCAAGACCAUCGUCAGCCUUCCCCUGGCAAACUUCUGGAUGAUGCUGUCUGUGGAAACAGUUAAAAAGAAAAACAGAUACACCUUUGUGGUGAUCUGGUUCGGAUAUUUUGUUUUGAAAGCUCUUCAUAUAAGGCCUGUUUUGACAAAGGCCUCUGCCUGUGGAUAUGCCAGCUUCAAAGUGAAAGCCCUAGCAGUAGCUGCACAGUUGUCUGGCCCAGUCAGUAGUGAUAUCAUUCAGCAAGGAGAGAACCUCGGCCAGAAAACCACAGAGGUAGAGCAUUUUUCUGGAGCUGAGCUGUUAGAAGAGAGGCAUGAGCAUCCUGUGGUGGUACCAGACACUCUGCACUGGGUGAAAGCUCUUCAUCCCAGCUGCUUCCGUAAAGCAUCAGAAACUCUUUGUCUGCCGGGUCAAGUCGUGGCGCUACGAACCGCCUCUUCCAGCCUAGCAGGCGCCGCAUCGGGUGCGCCUCCCGGAGGUCAGAGCCCAGCCCCAGGCUGCCCAGUUUGCUUUCUUUACCCAGUAGCAGCAGUGACGAAUGUUAGAACAGAUGCGAGGAACGAGCCAAGCUGUGCUAAUGAUUUUGUGUGUGUUAAUGACUGCUGCUUUUACAUUCCAGUGAAUGCAACUGUCAAAGAAGUAGUUCUGUCAAAAUGUCAAGAACACUUUUUUUGA